AAUUGUGCAAAAAUAAGGAGAUUGCUCUCUCCCUUUCUCUCGUAUUCUCGUGGAUAUCCGCGUUUAGGGUUCGCCAACGCUCCGCCUCUCGCCUCUCGCCUCUCGCCUCUCUAGCCUCAGGUCUUCAUUUGCAGGUCAUUAGGAGUUCUAGAUUGGUCUAGUUUUGCAGUCUGUUAUGUCAAGCAAGAAAGAAGAGAAGACCCAGGCUGCUGCCGACCGGGUCAAAGCAGCAGCACUUUCAGCUGCAAAGGGUCUUAGUAGGGCUCAAGCUGAGCGAGCUGCUACUGCAGCAGCUCGAAAUGUGAAUGCCUAUGGGCAGAAGGAAGAAGGACCGAGCCGAUGGCAGGAAAGAAAGGAAGCAAAGCGUCAAAUGUAUCUAUUGAGCACAGAGAAAGCAGUCAGAUUGGGUGAGAGGAAGGAUUUGAAGUCUUCCGUUUCCUCUGCUGGUGGUGCUUCACAGUGCCAGAAGUGUUAUCAGGCUGGCCACUGGACUUAUGAGUGCAAGAACGAGCGUGUCUAUAUAUCUCGGCCCUCUAGAACUCAGCAGCUGAAGAACCCUAAGUUGAAGAUGACCCUGUCAGUAUCUUAUGAAAUUGACAACCCUGACAUUGGGAAGGAAGCAAGGGAGGAAAAUCAUGCUAAGGAGGUUGGAGGGAAUAGUGGCACAAAGAGCAAAAGGAAGCACCGAUCCAGUACUGAUUCAGAGGAGGAAAGUAGUGAGGCUUCAGUGUUUGACUCAGAUAGUGAGUCUUCAGUGACUGGUUCUGAAGAUUCUUCUGGUGAAUCUAGCUCCAGCUACACUUCCUCUGAUUCAGAAGAAAGGAGGCGACGGAGAAGGAAGCACAAGAAAAGACGGCAUAGAAGGUCUAGCUCAUCCUCUGAUUCUUCUGAUUCUGAAUCUGCCUCAGAUAGUGAUUCUGAUGAGAAGAACAGCAGGAAGAAGAGCAAACGUCACAGCCAGAGGCAUUAGGAGUGGUUUCUCUUUUAGUAUAGUUAGCAUAUAUCAGUAAAGUUUGGUGUUAUUGCGCUUGAUUUAAUCUGUUCUUUUCUGGUAGUAGAUUUAAUUUUUCCAGAUGUUCAUAGUAGUGAUAACUUUAUCAUUUUAUGUUGUUGCUUUGAUUACUUCUGAUUUUAUUGGUCAUUA